UUAGUGGAGAGGAGUGGAGUGGGGUUUCCUCGCGUGUUUGACUCCAGUCAUGGCCGGGAGCUCAGAGAAAGUACCGAUCGCCUCUGCGGGACCUGAGGACCUGCAGCAGUUCAUGCCGCCGGCCUACUCGGCUGUGGCGGUCAAGCCUGCUGCCACCGGCCGCCUCCUGAAGGCCGGACUUGCUGUGCUCAUUGCUGGAGCCUUGCUGCUUCUUCUGGGAGCAGUUGGAGCGUUCUAUUUCUGGAACAACAAUGAAAAACAUGUCUACAAUGUCCACUACACCAUGAGCAUCAAUGGCAAAGUGGAGGAGGGUUCAAUGGAAAUCGACACGGCCAAAAACAUGGAGCGAUUCAGCACAGGCAGCGGGGCCGACGAGGCCGUGGAGGUCCACGACUUUGAGAUUGGGAUCACAGGUAUUCGCUUUUCAGGAGGAGAGAAGUGCUUCAUCAAGACCGAGGUGAAGGCGAGCCUUCCUGACGUGGAGACUCUCAACAAGGAAUCGAUGACAUUCAGUCUGGAGGACGAGGUGAUGCCGGCCAAGUUUGAGGACGAGUUGAUCUGGGUUGCAGCCGGCCCCCCCAUUAGAGACUCCGCCUUCCUCAGCACCAAGAUCAAGGACUUGUGCGGAGACCUGCCAAUCUAUUGGCUCCGCCCCACCUACUCACCCAGCGGACAGAGGGAAAGGAGAGCCGUCCCCCGCCAGCGCCGCCAGACAGCUGGGGCCGCAGAGCCGGAGGAAGAUGUGGAGGCAGAGUUCAACCCAGAGAACCCAUAUCAUAGAGGUCUCGAGGGCGAGCAGGAGAACAUGAACAUCGACCCCAUGCUGGACCACCAGGGCGUGUGCUGCGCCGAGUGUCGCCGCGGCUACACCCACUGCCAGAGGAUCUGUGAGCCGCUGGGAGGCUACCACCCAUGGCCGUACCACUACAGAGGGUGCAGGGUGGCUUGCAGAGUCAUCAUGCCCUGCAAGUGGUGGGUGGCACGCAUCAUGGGUCUCGUGUAGAAGCACACACCCAACGAGGAGGAUGUAGAGUCCAGGAUUUGAAGAAGGACGGGAGGGAGGGAUGGGGUUCCAAGGGAGAGAUGAAGGGGAAAGUUUAGCUUCUCAUUUACACCUUGUUGUGACAAGGAACAGCAUCAGUAACUAUGCCCACACAUUAUAAACGCAUGGUGCAGAAUCUAGGACACAUGAUCUCUCAAGAUAAAAAGUCUCGUCUCUCUUUCUCAAAGAAAAAUAAUCUUAAGUACAGCUCGUUGGCUGUCAAGAGAACAUUAUAUAGUAUCUGGUGAUGAUAUGAAACUUCAAACUGGACUGUUUUCACUGAAUCGUCAAAUCAAAAUGUCACUAAUUCAUCAGUGGGGAAAUCAAGUGAGAUUGUAUUUAUGUAGCUGACCUUUUUAUGUUUCCCCCUCCUUCCUUUGCUAUCUGAUGUAAAUAAAUAAAUAGGGUGCAUAGAAUCUCUAUAGCAAGGCUUUAUAGCGCGUGUUGUUUGACUUUCCAUGACUAUAGUGAGAGAUAUUAUUACUCCUGUGAUUUUAACUCUUUCCUCGCAGCUUUGUGAAAACAUCGUGCUGUACGCGCUUCCUCGCACAAUCUCUCAUCUAGGUGUAUUUUUAUCUGCAUUAAAGGAAGAGCAGUCUCAAAGUGCAAUAUCACUGAAUAAACUUUUUUUAAGUAAA